AUGAGCCUGCGGAGCGCAGCGAGCUCGUGCGGAGGCCGCAGCCUCGGAAGGCCGCUCCUCCGCGCCGUCUGCCUCCAGCUGCUGCUGCUGCUGCUGCUGCCGCCGCCGCUGCCAUGCUCGGGCGCCGCUGUCAGCCAGCCGCCUCACCUCGUCUUCUUGCUGGCCGACGACCUGGGUUGGAACGACGUGGGCUUUCACGGCUCGAGCAUCCGCACGCCGCACCUGGACGCGCUGGCGGCCAGCGGAGUGAGGCUGGACAACUACUAUACGCAGCCGCUGUGCACGCCGUCGCGCAGCCAGCUGCUCACCGGCCGCUACCAGAUUCAUACAGGUUUACAGCACCAGAUAAUCUGGCCCUGCCAGCCCAGCUGUAUUCCUCUGGAUGAAAAACUCCUGCCCCAGCUUCUGAGGGAAGUGGGCUACACUACCCACAUGGUCGGGAAAUGGCACCUGGGAAUGUACCGGAAAGAAUGCCUUCCAACCCGCCGAGGAUUUGAUACCUACUUUGGCUAUCUCUUAGGUAGUGAAGAUUACUACUCCCAUGAGCGUUGUACGUUUAUCAAUGCCCUAAAUGUCACUAGGUGUGCUCUUGACUUCAGAGAUGGUGAAGAAGUUGCAUCUGGAUAUAAAAAUAUGUACUCAACAAAUAUAUUCACUGAAAGGGCAAUGGCCCUCAUAGCUAACCAUUCUCCAGAAAAGCCUUUGUUUCUGUACCUUGCUCUCCAGUCUGUCCAUGAGCCCCUUCAAGUCCCUGAGGAAUAUUUGAAGCCAUACGACUUUAUUCAAGACAAGAAUAGGCGUCAUUAUGCAGGAAUGGUGUCACUUAUGGAUGAAGCAGUAGGAAAUGUCACUGCAGCCUUAAGAAAGCAUGGGCUCUGGGACAAUACAGUGUUCAUCUUCUCCACAGAUAACGGAGGACAGACAUUGGCUGGGGGCAAUAACUGGCCCCUCCGAGGAAGAAAAUGGACCCUGUGGGAAGGCGGCGUUCGUGGGGUGGGCUUCGUGGCCAGCCCUUUGCUAAAACAGAAGGGAGUGACGAACCGGGAGCUCAUCCACAUUUCUGAUUGGUUGCCCACUCUAGUGAAGCUGGCAGGAGGACAUACGAAUGGCACCAAGCCCCUGGACGGUUUCGACGUGUGGAGAACCAUCAGUGAAGGGACCCCAUCCCCCAGAGUGGAGCUGCUGCAUAACAUCGACCCGAACUUUGUAGAUACAGCACCAUGUCCUGAGCACAGCAUGGGCCCAGCAAAGGAUGGUUCUUCUUUUCCAGAAUACUCAGACUUCAACACGUCUUUCCAUGCUGCAAUUCGAUAUAAAAACUGGAAACUUCUGACGGGCUAUCCAGGCUGUGGCUACUGGUUCCCACCACCGUCUCAAUCCAAUGUUUCCGAGAUACCAUCGUUGGACUCACCCACCAAAACGCUCUGGCUCUUUGAUAUUGAUCAGGAUCCUGAAGAAAGACACGAUCUAUCAAAAGAACGUCCUCAUAUCGUCCAGCAUCUCCUUUCCCGGCUGCAGUUCUACCACAAACACUCAGUGCCCGUGUACUACCCCAAGCAAGAUCCCCGCUGUGACCCAGAAGCCACCGGUGCUUGGGGGCCAUGGAUGUAG